GUGCUACUAUGCGACAACAUGUUAUUCGUGUGCUGUUGAUACUCACUUCCCACGCAUAUAAUAGGCGUGUGUGUUUGUUUGUCUGUGUAAGAGUAGCUUCCAGACAGUUUCUCAGUGCUUAAUUCAAUCACAGCUGUAGAAUUGGAGUUGUACCAGCAUCUCAACAAUGGCUACCAUCCUCUCAAUGAAGUCCUUGGAGGAGCUCUGUCUCACUCACAUAACAAUGAAACUGGAGCAAUACUCGACUGACUCUCUGUCACUACUGCCUAAAGGUUUCAGAUUACAGCUACUUCACAUGAUACCAAUUAUUGACAUUUGCCGACUGGAAAAUACCAAGUUCAUCUCGGGGAUCGAUAUGCAAGCCAUCUGGAUGGAGCUUCACAGAGAGUACUUACGUGCAAGUCUUUACGACUCAAGUUUGGACUGGAGAGAAUCGUUUUUUAGAAGAUUCUUCUUUGCCAUUGUUAGAGGGGAGCGUCCGUACGGACAUUAUUAUGUAGGCCGAUUAAAAAAUCAGACUACUCCAACGUUUGGGCGUCAAAGGAAUGAAGGUCGUCCUGUUAGCGAGCAUGAAGUAGAUUUUGUCAAUUUUUUGGUUGCAGUAAAACGUGAAAUUCCAGUAACUGUUAAAUUUUCGAAAAUGAAUAUUGUAACUUUGUUCAAAGGCCCAGUAUCUCGUGGUAAAGCGUACAAUGGGCUUUGCCGGGCUAAACAGUUUGUACCACCUCGAUACACAAAGUUCUUCUCUGAAGGAAGCUACUACUUACCAGACUCUACUGCACUGAAUCUGAUCACUGAGAAAUGUCACUAUCGACCGAAAGAGUUCACUGUUGAUAUAGUAAGCAGUACACUCGCCUUCAAUUUGACACCCAAAAAAACCAGUGUUAAUUGUUUGAGGAAUUGUUUCAAAAAUAUCGAGUCUUUAAACAUUCAAGGAUACAUUGCGCAAAGCCAAAGGGCCACAGUUAUUUGUGGAGCUAAAUACGGGGAGUGUAAGGACGUUGCUCGCUGUGCUCUAGACUCAAUACUGUCGGCACCUAAUCCCAAAUUCACCAGUCUCACAAUUAGGUUCAGUCCCACUGAGAAUGUAAUAGAUACAAUAACGCCAGCUCUGGCUGCUUAUGGUGGCUUAAAGGAACUCACUCUUCAAGCUUACGGUGAUGUUUCUCCAGAUUUUCAGAAGCUAAGUUUGAUAACUGAACACCAACCUUUACUUCACACUGUGUCGGUAUUGGUUGGUAUAGGAAUGGUAAGGCGACCUCAGAGUAAUAUCGUUUCUUGUGCCCCAAAGUUAUCUGAAAAGCAUUUCAUUUCUUGGCUUCAAACAUGUUUCAAGAAACCAUUGUUGCGAGACUUAAAGCUCUCACUUGAACCAGCAUAUUUAAUGUUUCUUAUCCAAGUGCUUACUGAUUUUCUUUCGACACCAUGCUCACACGAACAAACUCUCACUAUCCGAUGUGAUCUCAAAGACUUUUCCCCAAAGUUGCCCCCCAGACCUCCUCGUAUUGUCAAAUCAGAACCGCCUCUCCCCUCAAACCCUAACCCUAGCCCCCCAAAUGAUCCUACAUCACCACCACUAUCCCCUGAAGUAAUAUUUUCAAGUGAACCCAUUGAUGUUCUCAAUACGCCCAUUCAUCAGUUUGAUGAUGCUUGCACUAUGAAGUACAAAUGUUUGACCUUUGAUUCUUGUAAGAUUGGCCCUUUGUUCGCUAAAGCUUUCUUGGAACUGGCUCCUUUGAAACUCAAAAGUAUGUCGAUUCUUAAAAGAAGUGCAGUACAUUUUUACUCCACUGAAUUUCUCUCACAACUGGCCCAACACCCGCUCAUUGAAAUGGAGACACUAGAAUUGGAGCUUGACACGAAGGACAUGUCUAAUUUUGACUCCAUACUACAAAAGAAACUGUUGAAAUUUGUAACCGUUACGUGUUCUGACAGUUGUUUCAAUAAGUUUUCUGACAUCUCUUUACGCCGAGGUUUUGAGAUUAAGACAAUAGUCAAGACUCCCAAAGGCAGUGUGGUGUUCACUCUCUCUAGAAAUUGAUUUGUAUGUAGGAAAGUUAUUGUGUAUACCCUUAGCUAUAUAGAUAUUGUGUUGAUCCA